AUGAACUCGAAGACCUUUACCUCCGAUCAAUAUGACUAUCCCGUUCAGGAAGACGAGGCGCCCAGAAUUUCGCUGAAGGGAACGGAUGCAGCUCCAAGGGUCCAUUUCGAUCCUAAGAUACACUUGAGAUUCCAGAAACCGGAGAAGACGUAUACGCUUGACGACCUCAAAUACAACACGAAACAAGCUGUUGGCCAUGUCGCGGCGACAGAUCCCUUCCCUCUCUUCACCAGAGAAGCCAUUGUCGAAAUGCGCCGAGAGCUACUGAGUGAACGUACGAUCAAGAAUUGCAUGACAUACACGAGACCAGGCUCUGUGCAGAUUCGUGGCGCUGCUCCUCAGUAUGCUCCUUUCGUCUACGAAGCGUGGACUCACCCAGAGACAAUCAAAGCUGUCUCUACGGUUAUCGGCCUCCCAGUCAAGAUCAACAUUGCCCAGGAGAUCGGUCAUACGAACAUUCAAUUGGGCGAAGACGGUCUGGAGAGCCUCAAGAGGUUGACUCCAGAACCUCUUGUGCCGAAAGUUGCUGUUGCAGACAUUCCAGAAGAGGACAUCACUGAAGACAAGGCCACUGACGUUAUUGAGUGGCACAAUGACAUGUAUCCUUGGUCAUUAGUCGUCUCUUUGUCGCUUCCUCAAGGCAGAGGUGGUGAGACCGCCUGCCUCUGUGGUGAUGGCUCCAUUAUCAAGGCUCCAAAGCCUGAUGUUGGAUAUGGUGUUCUCCUCCACGGGAACGUGGUGAAGCACAAGGCUGUGCGUGCAGUUGGUGCUGAAGAGCGUAUCACAACGGUCUGCUCCUGGUGGCCGGCUGAUCCUCUUCUCUAUGAUGACUCCAAAAUCGCGAACACUCGCGACGUCUCGUUCAAGCCUGAGAUAGGCUUUGGCAGCCAGGUGCCUCGCAAAGGCUAA